CACGUGCAUAUAGCGGGUGAUGUCAUCAUUGGCGCGCCCUUCAAAGAGGUGUCUAACCUUCCAACUCGGCGGAGGUCGGGAAAUGGAUUCACAGGAGCUUCUCUAUCUGGAACAACCACCACCAUGUCGCCUAAAAACGCAAUCCAAAUUGCACUCUUUUCCUUCAAUGCCGUCACUUCUUGGGCGAGUUGUUUAGCGUUCUCGAUGAUGAACCGCAUACACUCUUUCAUUAUGAACAUGUUCACUUCCACAAUCAAUUGGUUCAUCAUGGUUGCUAUUUCGGCGCUCUCCAUUGUAUCCCAUUCAAAAUACUGGCGUAAUCCAAUGGACGUACUCGGGAAUCUGAUUCUUGACGCUCUUUCCACUUUUCUCACCAUGGCGGGUGUUUAUCAGUUUUUGAAGGAAAUGCUUGUAGCGGUGCUGAGCUUUGAGGUCUGGGUGAUGCGAGACAACAUUAGGGGCCAUAUGUACGCCAUAAAAGCAAUAGGAAACGCCCCCUCACUUCCGCAACCCCUCCAAAUGUGCAUAGAAGGAUAUCGAUCGUCCCAAGCGGAUAUACUCAACUCGCUUGAAAUCCUAGAAUCAUUCAUCAUCACACCGUCAAUCCGCGUGAGAGAUCUGGCCGAAGUCAACCAGGUGUUGCAGGCGUACAAAGAAAGAUUGACACAUCUACAGAACAGUUACAAGGCGAUAUGUCAGGGUCUUGCUUUCACUGGCAUAGAGGAUGAGCGUAUGACGAUGGCAGACAAGUGGGUAGGAGCUCUACGUAGCUGGGAACCACCUUCAUUACCAGCCACGCUCACGGGGAAGGAAGAAGAAAUCGCCGCCUAACAGUUACUUUCAACAGCAUAGAUGCGACUCCAUUUUUAGAUAGCAGUAGUAAAGAAGGGACCUUUCCCCAGGGAACUAUGUAUUCUAUCAAACAUCUUUAGCGGGCGGAAAUUAAAGUCUCUUCAGACCUACCAGUAUUCCAAG